AUGGCGUCGCGGAAAACACAGCAAGAAAUUGACAAAACCUUCAAAAAGGUUGACGAAGGGAUCCAAGCGUUCGAGGCCAUCUAUGAGAAGAUCUACACCUCACAGAAUGCCGCGCAGAAAGAUAAAUUGGAGGACAACCUCAAGAAAGAGAUCAAGAAACUGCAAAGAUCCCGCGACCAGAUAAAGACAUGGGCAGCGGGCAAUGAGAUCAAGGACAAGUCUGCACUGCUGGAACAGCGCAAGCGGAUAGAAAAAUGCAUGGAGAUAUUCAAAGCGGUGGAGAAGGAGAUGAAAACAAAGGCGUUCUCCAAGGAAGGGUUGUCGCAGAACGUCAAGCAAGAUCCCAAAGAGAAGGAGAGAGAGGAACUCUGCGACUUCCUGUCCGAUCAGUUGGAUGAGAUCAACAGAAUCCUGACCGAGGAGUUAGAGCCCGAGGCUGGCAAUCUGCAAGCCGCUCUCAAAAAGAAGCAGAAAGACAACUCCAAGGCUGAUCGACUUGCGGAGAUCGAAACCAUGACUGAGACAUACAAAUGGCACGAAUCGCGGCUACAACUUCUCCUACGAUCAUUACAGAACGGCAAUGUUGAAAAUGACCUAGUGGCAUCAAUCAAGUCCGACAUUGAAGAGGUGGUAAGGGAAGUGCGGGACCCGGAUUUCGAUCCUGAAGCCUACGAAGGCAUCUACGACGACUGUAAUUUGGACAGCGAAGAGGCGCAAUUUGGACUGAACAAUGACAUUGACCGAAUAUCGUCUCAAGAUGCACAGUCCAUUCAGGAAGACGUUGAGGCGGAUACGAACGCACUCAAGAAGACGAAAUCAGAAACGCACACUGCCGCACGACGACCUUCUACCCAACUCAAGUCUCCCCUGCCAGCGCUGGCUACUCUGAAUACGAUGCCACCGCCACCGUCAAUACCCAAAGACUCGACAAUGAAACCUGCACCAAUCCCAAAUCGACCCCCAGGAGAGACCUUGAAGUACGCCUCAGCAGCGGCCGCAGCAGCAGCAAGCGACAAAAGUGGAGUGGGUAUUGCUCCUCUUCCUCCACCAGUUGGAGCGAGCGCCGCACCUACAUCACACCCAUUGCCCCCCCCAGUCAAGACGUCCGCCACGACCUCGCCAGCCUCACUGCCAGCACAACCGGUGGAGAAAACUGCCUCGCCAGCACCUGCCGCGGCAAGUAUGGACGGCUCAACAUCGCAAGAGCAAUCCAAUCAUUCCAAGUCUCCGACUUUAAGCUCCACUAGUGCCCGGGCUCCCAGCAUUCCAAGCAGCGUUCCACCUACGCCCGCCAUGGAGAAAUCAGAAGCUAUCCAAGAGCCUGUGAUUGCGGACGAGUUACCGACCACCAAUGGAGACGUGCAUGAAGACCCAGCCGCGGUGGAAUCAAUCUAUCAUUUGCCUCCUGGACUUCAAGAUCUCCUAGACUCGUUCGAGACCACCAAGAGCCGAGCUGCUCAGCCUCCCUCACAACUAGCCAGACUGCUACAGGCAUCUCAAGAGACUUGUCCGGAGCCUUCCGACAGCGACAGGCCCCAAUACUACCGGCCAACGUUCAAGUACAACACGCCGGCGCACUAUCCUCAGGACGUACUCCCUAUCUUCGACGAUCCGGCAUUGUACGAGAACCAGAGGCUGGAGACGGACACACUGUUCUACAUAUUCUACUAUCGGCAGAAUACCUAUCAACAGUGGCUGGCGGCGCGAGCUCUCAAGAACCAGAGUUGGCGGUUCCACAAGCAAUAUCAAACGUGGUUCCAACGCCACGAAGAGCCCAAGCAAAUCACCGAGGAAUUUGAGCAAGGCACAUAUCGCUUCUUCGACUAUGAAAGCACCUGGAUGAAUCGGCGGAAGGCAGAUUUCAAGUUUGUCUACAAGUUCCUUGAGGACGAUCUGUAG